CAGAAGCACUCGCUGCUACAAAACCCACCAAACAGCAGCAGCAGCAGCAACAGCAGCAGCAGCAGCAGCAGCAGCAACAGGAACUGCAGCAGCAACAGCAAUACCAAGAGGCGAAAAACGUUCAGCAGCAGGAAAAGCAGAAACUACAGCAGCAAAAUGAGCAGCAACAGCAUCAACAAAAGGAGCAGCAACUGCAGCAGCAGCCACAGCAGCAGCAACUGCAGCAGCAACUGCAACUGCAGCAGCAGCAGCAGCAGCAGCAGCAAGCUUCUUUAUUUUCUUUAUUCCCCAUUGGGCGGCUGCUUGAACUUCGAUAUUCGUCGUCUGUACACCGACCGACGCCAACUACGCCAGUGCAUUCCGUCUUAGUCUACUUAAAAUGCAGGGGGUCAGCAGACGCUAUUCGUUUGCUGCUGCGGCAUGCAUGCGUCGGCUAUGCUGAGCAACAACUGCAGCAGCAACUGCAGCAACAGCAGCAACAGCAGCAACAACAGCAGCAACUGCAGCAACAGCAACAGCUGCAACAGCAGCAGCAGCAACAACAACUGCAGCAACUGCAGCAACAGCAACAACUGCAGGAGCAGCGACAACUGCAGCAACUGCAGCAACUGCAGCAACAGCAGCAGCAGCAGCAACUGCAGCAACUGCAGCAACAGCAGCAACAGCAGCAGCAAUACGUUGCAAGAGGAGUCGGUUGUAGAUUUUGCGUUUGCUGCCUUAAAUGCAGUUUGGCGUGCAGAGUGUACGUGCAGAUAUUCAAAGUCGUCGAACAAAGACAGAGAGAAAGCAGCUUACUGUAG